AUGGCCACCAUGUUCCUGAUUGUUGACAUUAAAAAUUUUGACUUUAAAUAUUGGAAUAUUUUCUUUUACCGUCUAUGGGGGUCUUUAUCUAUCAUUUUUUGUGGAGUAUCAGUUUUUGCAUCAACUGCCUUGAGUGUGGACAGACUUCUCGCGCUGUUUUUGGGGUUGAGGUACAGACACGUUGUAACACUGAAGCGAGUUCGUGCAGUUCUUGCCUGUGGUUGUUUAGCCCUUCUAUUGAUUAUGUUGGUUUGGUAUUUUCACGCAAAAACCUGCAAGAUUUCAAUGCCAAUUUUCUGGACACUUUGUCUCAUUAUCUCGCUGUUCUCGUACACGAAGAUUGUCCUUAGACUUCGUCAACAUCAGUUCAGUGUACAAGACAACGUCCAGCAAGGACAAGCGAACACAGGACGAAUUCCAUUGAACUUAGAACGAUAUAAAAAAACUGUUGUAAGCAUAGCUUUAGUGCAGCUGGCAUUAGUUAUAUGCUAUUUUCCUUCUAGUAUUGUCUUUAUUUUGAUUCAUCUGAAGGGUAUGCACCCUAGUAUUGAUUUUAUAUUACAUGGUUAUUGUGCAACUCUGGUUUUCCUAAACUCGUCUUUAAAUCCGUUUCUGUACUGCUGGAGAAUCAAAGAAAUACGAAAAGCAGUGAAAGCCACAAUCAGAAGGUUUUGCACCUGUUUAAGUCAAUGAACAUCCACUCUAUCUACGAAUCAGUAAAAAUUAUUGUGUAACUACAACUCAUUCUCUCUUGGUAAUAGUAGUGUCAACUGAAAACCAAUAACUGAAGCUAAUAACUUGUAAGAAAUCAAUAAAAACCACCUUUCUUUAAAGGAUUAUCGAUAUUUGAGAAAAAAUGAUAAUAAAUAAUAGUAAAUUUUCACCAUGUUUCAGCUACCAGCACCAUAUUCCUCCCUGAUGAUUCGUGCGCAUUUUAUCAAAAGAGGUAAAAUCCUAACUUUUGGUUUCUUUACUGCUUAACAUUAGUCUGGAUUUUUUGUCUAUUUUUACCCCUGAUCCAGACCGUGGGGUGAGAAGGGCGGGGGGGGGGGGGGGGGGGAAGAGAAAAAGAGAACUAACAACAAACUCAACCAACCCUCACAUGGCGUCGACGCCAGGAUUUGAACCCGGGCCACAUCAGAGAGAGGCGGCGAGUGCUUUCACCACUGCGCCACCCUUACCCCUCCCCUAAAAUGGCCAUAGAUUUAUAACCUGCUCAAAACUUAAGAAAUAAAUUUUUCCAGAAAGUGGUACUUGAAUAUAAGAUAGGAGGCAUUUUGUGGUAAACAUCGAUCGGAAAAGGAAAAUAAAUCAAAUAAGAAUUCAUCGAAGUGAUAAGGGUGGCCUGUUGGUCUUGUAGCAUUAUUCUCGCUUAGGGUGCGAGAGGUCCUGGGUUCGACUUCCAGACAGGCCCUAAAAAACAGUAUCUAAUUUAAUGCCUACGUGACUUUUUUUUUGGCUUAUCAUUUUUACACAAAUUAUGUCCUAAAUUUGCAAACCGCUGAAUUUUUCGCAUUGGGUCUUUGAGUUUUUGGUGAAACUCUGUUCAACGCAAGGUACUAAUGCCCGCUAUAUGUAGCCGAGAGAUUUUCACCUUAAAAUGCCGGCAAGAGCAGAAUUUCGACUCAGACCCCAAAGAGACGUGGCACUAUAACCACGUGACAUUUACUCCAAUGGCCAAAAAUUUUAUGCUCUAUUGUAGAUUGAUCUAUACGUUAUCCAUGCUAUAUGUUAGACUUACGAUCAAAGUAAACGUGGGGAUACCAGACAGCUUCAAAGUACGAAGGUAGCCCCACAAAAUAACUGGGUCGAGUCACCUUAAUUGCAAAUUAGGAAAAAGGAAAUUUGCAUAUGGUCAUCUUUUCAGUACAAAUCAACGCCCGCCCUGCAGCUAAGCAUUUUCUUCUUAUUAUAGCGUAACUGAUCUAAAAAACCUAUUCCUGGUCAUUUAUAAUUUUUACGCGUAUUUUUUCCUAAGCGCGUUCUUGAAUUUAUCAUCAUAGUGCGAACAGAGAAGUCGAGGAUUCAUAGACUUUAUUAAACAAGCCUGCCAAAUAGGCCAUCUAUCAAACAGAUGGUUCUCGUAAUUCUAAAAGCAAUUUCUUAAGAUCUCAUUACUUCCUUUUCAGCUGGUAUUUCUAUGUUAUUGUUCCCAGUGCAAAGUCCUGCGCCAAAUAAGCAAGCAAUCAAUUGAGGGAAAUUAAGGUCUGUAACCUGACAAAAUAGGGCCAUUUAUACGAGGAAAAAUAAGACGCGUCUAAAAUAAGACGCGAACUGUACCAUUUAUACGAGCAUAUCUUAUCUAAUAAGACGCGUCUUAGCUAAUCCGCGCCUUAUUUUAGACGAAAUGUGCCGUUUAUACGGAAAGUUCGCGUCUUAUUUAAGACGUGUCUUAUGUAAGACGCGUCUUAUUUUUCCUCGUAUAAAUGGCCCUAAUGUUAUCGAAGCAAUUCCAGAUAUGUCGGUGCCUGACAUAUAAUGUUCUAAAAUGUUCUGCAAUUGGUAUAAAGAUUUAAUGGAAGCGAAACCAAUUGUGGAAUUGCACACAUUUUAGGCAUCCUACUGAUAAACAGUUACGACACGUGGAUAUUGAUAUUUUUAGCAACUACUAGAUAAUUUGCAGUCUGUCCACUUUGAAUACAAUCUUUACUUUGAAUCGAGACACUGUUGACUCCCGAGAACUCGAACCUCCCACUAACUCGAAGUAAUUUUUACUUCCCUUCUGGACAUCUCUACAUCAUUUUACCCUAGAUGACUCGAAAUAUGUUUCAAGUGCCACUUGUAAACCAACUUUACUUCAUCCAAGUGAAACGACAAAGAAUUUUCACUUAUCGGUGUUUUGUCAUGGAAGUUAAAGAGUUCCUCUUAACAAAUGAUACGCGUACGCAUUUAACAAUGGAAAAAUAUUCUAAAUUUUGUUCGCGAAUUUGUGAUGUUCUCAGGGUGCACGUUUUCAGAAAAAACAAUAAAUAAAUAAUAAAUUAAAAAACUCUCUAUUUUCAGUUGAGUUCUCCCUAAUUGAGCAUGUUGACUUAUGGGGUAACUGACUGAAAACAUAUGACGUUUGCUCAACUAAAACUACGCUCCCCGACAUGGUAAUAUGUUGCAACUCGUAACUAAUUUAUAGUUUUUAUUGGUUGGAGUCUAGCGAAACAUUUGUUAAAUAUAAUUGUACACCUGCUAACUUACUUUAUGUUUGUUACCACACGUCUGAUAGGUGUGUUAAAUAAACAAACGCAAUUUAUACAACAUAAAAACCUUGUGUGUCAUAGCGGAAAAGAACACUUUUUCUGAAGCAGUCGAAGUAAGGCAUCUCGCCUCCACAGCAAGAAGAAUGGUGAACUUGACGGAAGACGGAAACGUCACUGUGAUGGAGACACUGCUUUCUGCAAACAUACGUGUAGGUUUCUACAUUGCGUUAGCAGCUGUAAAUAUUGUUCUCUCUAUCAUGGCAUCUCUGGGCAACGUUCUGAUCCUGAUUGCUCUUCGCAAUGUGACUUCUAUUCAUCCGCCGACAAAACUGUUGUUUCAAUGCUUGGCCAUCACUGAUCUUGGAGUUGGUCUCAUUUCCCAGCCGCUCAUGGUCGCCAGGUCCCUGAUUGUUUAUAUUAAAAAUCUUGACUUAAAAUUUUGGAAUAUUUUCUCUCACCUUCUAUUCAGGUCUUCAUCUAUUAUUUUUAGUGGAUUAUCGGUUUUUGCAUCAACUGCCCUGAGUGUGGACAGACUUCUCGCCCUGUUUUUGGGGUUAAGGUACAGACACGUCGUAACAUUGAAGCGAGUUCGUGCAAUUCUUGCCUGUGGUUGUUUAGCCUUUCUAUUGAUUAUGUUGGUUUGUUAUUUUCACGUAAAAACCGGCGGGAUUACAAUGGCAAUUUUGUAUACACUUUGUCUCAUUAUCUCACUGUUCUCGUACACGAAGAUCGUCAUUAGACUUCGGCAACAUCAGUCCAGUGUAGGAGACAAUGUUCAGCAAGGACAAGCGAACACAGGAGGAAUGCCAUUGAACUUAAAACGAUAUAAAAAAAACUGUUGUAAGCAUAGCUUUAGUGCAGCUAGCAUUAGUUAUAUGCUAUUUUCCAUUUAA